AUGGCUUCGCAACAGUUCGCCUCACGCUCUUACGCCGGCGGGAAACUGCCCGACCGAUCCCUCGCCGCGAACCCAGCGCCUUUUAGCACCUCAUCGUUUGCCCGGCAUCGCGCCCUGGGCCAGCCUGCCCCGGGCGACUUCGCCGCGGAGCCAGGCAAGGCCGCGCAGCAGCAGGGACCGACGCCCCCGUCGCAUUCACAGACACAUGGGCCGACGCAGGAUAGCCCGUUGAACCGGUUAAGCGAGGAACAGAGAGAGGAGAUCGGAGAAGCAUUCACCCUGUUCGAUCUCGACCGAGACCGCCACCUAGACUACCACGAGCUGCGCGUCGCAUUCCGUGCUCUAGGCUUCACCCUCCCGAAACAAGAACUCAUCUCCCUGCUGACGACGUACGGCGUGCCGCGACCACAAGUGCAGCAGCAACAGCAGACCGGCGGCGGAGGGGGCGGGGUUCCCAACGCAUCCUCGACGGCAGCGACCAAGGCCUCCUCCGCGCCGGGCUCGACGAACCCGCACCACCCGUCCAACCUACUGAUGCCGCUCUCGGCGUUCCAGGCCGUCACUGCGCUGAAGAUCCUAGAACGCGACCCGCGCGAGGAGAUCCUGCGUGCGUUUGAGCUCUUCGACGAGGGCGGCAAGGGGUACAUCGAUCUCGAGGACUUGCGGCGUGUGGCUCGCGAACUGGGCGAGACGGGCCUCGAAGAGGAAGAGCUGCGCGCCAUGAUUGAGGAGUUUGAUCUGGAAGGUGUCGGCGGUGUUACUCGUGAGGCCUUUGUGAGUAUUUGUUGGCAGUAG